AUGUCAGCAGGCCCUCCACCCGGCCACGCCUGGCACCCCAACGUAGGCAACAACCCGAACAUAAACCGCGAACCGCCGCCGCCUCCCCUCGACGGCGCUGCGCCCUUUGCUCCAGCUCCAGCCCCAGCCCCAGCCCAAGUCGUCGUCGAGCACCAGCACCACAACCCCGUGUACGCACCCCCGCUUCCCAUUGGCAUCGCGCCGCCCCUCGGUAUACCCAUAGGUGCGUUUCCACCCAUCUUCAUGGACCCAUUUGUGGGUUUCGCACCACACCCACUACCGGGCGCCGCGCCCCUCGCUCCCAUCCGCAGCGGAAACUUCCUGCCAAAUGCUCAGUACGGCAUAGGCUUUGGUCUGCACGCAGCCGGGGUCCCGAUUCCGCCGCCGCCGCCAGGUAGUACGCUCGCGCCUUUUGCGGCUGCGGCGCCGCUCUGGACCAUGGGUGGUGGCGGGCUGGCGUUUGGAAAUGUGCCUGUGGCAGGAGUGCCGCCUGUGGUGCCCAUGGUGCCCAUGGGCGGAGGAAUAAUGGGAGGAGCGACACAGCACGCGCGUGCCGCGCCGCUCUUCCACGACGCGAAUAACGGACACGCGGCACAGCCCGCGCAGACUGAUGUGUCGCAGAUUGCGGGCGGGAUCCCCGCGGGCGUCAUGCUAGUUGAGUCGGCGGAACACACCAUCUUCAUGCGCAUCACGGGCAACAUUUGUCCGUGGCUCUCGCCAGGCGCCCAGCUCCCUGUGGAGCAGCUCGCGGCUGCCAGCACCACGGGGCUCAACCGCUUGAUCCAGAUAUGCAAUGAGGGUGUGCCUGUCGAGGAGCUCGAGGGCACCGCCGUGACGGAAUGUAUUGAGUUGGGGAAUGGGCUGUGGGAAAAGGGCCAGACGUUUAGGUAUAAUGAUGCGGUGUCCAAGGUGCUGACGAUGAAGGAUGCUGGCUGGGAUAAUACGAGGAAUCGGGCUGGGGGCAAUUCGCUGCAUCUUUGGGGACAUAGGGUGUAG